AUGGACGUGGCAGUAAUUCAGAGGCGACACAACCCCGUGGACAGCAUCUGCCGCAAGCUGCAGACCAUCCAGCGGCGGGGCCAAGAGGCUGACUCGCCCUUCCAGAUCCCGCGCUUCCAGUCGCGCAGCUACGACAGCCCGCAGCCGGGCCUGCGCGGGAACCUGGAGGCCAUCCUGAAGAGGCGCACCGUGCGCCGGGAGGGCGAGUCCGAGGGCAGCCCCGGCAUGCUGACCCCCACCGGCUCCCCGAGGCCUUGCCGCCCUGCCUCCUCCUCCUCCUCCUUCGUCGCUGCCGCCUCGCCCGCCAACACCACCUACACCGUCUCCAGCACGCUGGUGCAGCAGCGGGAGGCGGGGCCCAGGAGCCAGAGGGCGUGGUCACAGACCUGCUCCACCCCCGCCACUCAGUCUGGGGACAGGUUCUUCAGCUUCUCACAGUACGCCACCUACAGCAGGCCGGAGGGCAGAGCCGGUGGGGGCGGCGACCUGCGCGGAAGCCCUGCCUACGGCUGCUACAACCUCAACUUCUGCACCUCCAACGCCUCCUCCCUGCUGGACUGCGACCCGGACUACCCCGCCUUUGUGGUCAAGAGGUUGUCCAUGGGGGACGGUGCCCAGGUCCCCUCGGAGCAAAAGAAGGAUACCAUGGCGGAGGUCAGUCUGAUCUGUGAAGAGGAUCUGCUGGACACCAUCUUCCAUGCCUGUGACACCCAGCGCAGAGGCAAGGUGUACGUGUCUCACAUCGUGGACUACCUGCGUCACACGACCAGCCGUGGGUCCGAGGACAGCGGCCUGGAGGAGCUGUGCAACAUGCUGGACCCCGACCGCAAGGACGUCUCCAUCGACCUGGUCACCUACCACGCCAUUAUGAAGGAGUGGAUCCAGGACUGCCGCAACCAGGGGGAUGACACACCAGAGGACUUGCUGCAGGAGUCUGUGAGGCGCAGAGACUCAGGGAAGCGGUCUGCACUGAUGAACUUGACGUCAGGCAGCCUGGAGGCAUUUGGAGGGGAGGCCUCUCGCGGCGACCUUGAAACGUCUGACCUGGUGUACUGCGUGGCCGACCUGCAGUUUAAUAACCAGAAGUUGCAUGAUGAGGUCAGGAAACUGAAGCUGGCUAUGGAGACCAUGGAAGACCUCAACCAAAAGCUGAUGGAGGAGAAUGAGGAGCUCAAGACACAGGCCAAAAUAGCUCAGCAGCUGGCUCAGAAGGAGAAGCUGCUGAAGGAGGAGGUGGAGGAGAUGAAGGUGACCCUCAGCACAGUGGAGGAGAGCCGCACCCUGGCCAAGGCCCAGAUCAAGCAGAUGGAGCGGGAGAACCAUUCUCUCAUAACAAAGAUUUCUUCCCUUCAGGAGGAGAACAUCAAGGUCACCAUGGAGAUUGACGAGCUUCAGAAGAAGAUGAUUGAGCUGUGUGACCUCAACGCUGACCUCCAGGUGCAGGUGCACUCAUUUGAUGGAGUUCUGCUUGAGAGGGAAGCUUGUGUGCAAGAGAAGAACAGGCAGAUUGAGGAGCUGAAGAGCGUGCUCGAGGAGUACUCCUCCGUCACCGAGGUGCUGAGAGCUGAGAAGACCAAGCUGGAGAGUCAGAUGCAGAUGAUGCAGCCUGAUAUGUCAGUUGCUGGUCUUUCACUCUCAGUGGCCUACAGGCUGAAUCAGACCAGCUCAGGCUCUCUGCAGGCGGAACUGGCCCUCGCUCAGGAGGGAUCAGAGCGUCUCUCCUCCUCGCUCUGUUUCGCGUCUCCGCUGGACGAGACUCUGGACCGGGAGGUUCUGCUGCUCCUGCAGGGACCCACUCCUGAGCAGAUGUCCAUCCAUUUCAAGAACCUCAUCUGCAAACUGAAUAAGGACUUUAAAGAAGACUGCUCUCGAGUGCUGUCCACACUGAAGCAGGUUAUGGACACGCAGUCAGGACUGGACUCAAGUGGAGACCAGACACUUCAGGCUCUGCGGUCAGAGCUGGAGCAGAAGAGGAGGGACUGGAGCCACAGCCUGCAGCAGCUGGACCAGUACACUGACUCACUGGAGAAGGAGAUUAUAAAGAUGGCCAGCAACAUGCGGAGAUCUCGCACGGAGAUCCUGCAUCUGUCUGUCAGGGUCCAGGAGCAGGAGAAUCAGAGGCAGCAGCUGCAAGAGGAGCUGGAGCAGCUGAGAACUCCGUUGCCAGAGGGCAGAGAAGCCAGUUCCCAGACCGUGGAUCACCACCAGCAGCAGCUCGGAGAGGAGUCUGAUGGCCCUUCGCUGGGCUGGGAGGAGGAGGAGGAGUGCGCCACGCAGCAGUUGUCGAAGGAGGAAGAGGAGCAGCCAAACUCCAGGAGAGAGGAAGGGGAGAAGAGAUUCUCGCCCUGUGAGGAGAAGGAGCUGAGAGAUUGCAGAGCAGAGGGAGAAGAUGGAAUAACGUGUGAGGCAGACUGUGAGAAAGAGGUGCUGAGAGGUUCUGCAAAAGAGACAGGGGAGAGGAGGGUCUCGGAUCAUGAGGAGCAGGAGCUGAGAAAUUCCAACGGGGAGGGAGAGGAUAUGAAGGACUCCAGACGACAGGAGAAGGAAAAGGAGGAGGAGGUGGUGGAGGAGGUGGUGACUCCAGGGAACUCCAGGGGGGAGGAUGCUGAAGAGGAGCUGUGGGGUAGCUGUCCUCCUUCACAGGAAACUCCACCUGGUCCUGGUGUUGAGAGAGAGGAGCUGGAGAGUGCGGACACACCAGAUGGAGAUUUGAGAGGAUAUAGCGAACCACAAGGGCAGGGAGGAGGGCUCCCGGGAUCCACUGGGCCUCAGGACUCCCACCCACACGCUGUUCCACGUGUGCCUGAGGUUCCUCCUUACUCCCACGCCCGGCUCGUUGAUGCUCUGAACCUGGACCCCCUGCAGCCCCAGCCUAGUCUCCAAGAGUCCCCACCAGCCGGAACUUCAUUUCAGGACUUGUCUAUAUCACUUGCAGACGCAUUGGCCGAACUGGACCUGACUUUAACACCCAGACACACAUCAUUCGGACAGGACCUUACUUUAACACCUGGACUCUCUCUGCUUAAGCAGGACCUCGCGUUUUUUGCUGAACAUAUCAUACCACAGCAGGGGGAGGAGAUGGUUCCCCCUACAGGAAGGACCUGUCCCCUGCCGGUCUGCACGCAGGGGGGAGGAGGAGCAGCAGGAGGAGGAGGAGGAAGUUCAGAAGAUACCACUGCGUCCAGCAUGACUGACACCAAGGUCCCCUCCCUGGAUCAGCUAUCUGCCAGCGCUGUCCCUCAAGACAGCGGCAGCCUGCAGCCGGGGCCGGGGGAGGGGCAGGCCAUGCAGGAGGCAGGGCAGGUUUCUCCGGUGGAGGAUCGCAUGGCAGAUGGGCAGGCGGGAGGGGGGGGCGGCGGCAGUCGCCCCGCCGCGGGAGGCUCGCUGCAGACAGCCGACGGCUGGGCCCUGACCCCCGCUGACCUCUCCGACGCUGCGAAGGAGGAUGGGGCUCUGGAGGCCACGGUCGCAGAUGAUGGUUUGUCACCAGAGCUGGAAAGCCAGACCUCUCGAGGUCCCAGAAGAGACUCCUUUACCCUAAGGAGCAAAUUCAAGCGAGAAUUGGAACUUUCUGGCAGCAUGGAGGCAAUAGAGGAACACGCAACACAGGAGGAUCUUAGUCAGGUGUCAGAGAAAGAAGAUGACACCCCUCUAAAUUCUGACGAUGCAGGAAGUGACUCAACCAAGGAUGACAAAAACAGCUUAUCCCCAAGUGAUAAGGAGAUUGAGACUGAGUUCCACCGCCUGUCCCUGGGCUUCAAGUGCGACAUGUUCACCCUUGAGAAGAGGCUGCGCCUGGAGGAGAGGUCACGUGACCUGGCGGAGGAUAACUUAAAGAGGGAGGUGUCCAGCAGUCAGGAUUUGCUGAAGGUGCUGCUACCUCUGUGUGAGGAUGAUAACAGGUCCAUGGAGAUCAUCCACAGACUGCAGAAGAACCUGGACAUCUUGACCCAGUCCAUGGCUCGAGUGUCUAGCCGCUCCGAGAUGCUGGGCGCCAUCCACCAGGAGAGCCGUGUUAGCCGGGCGGUGGAGGUGAUGAUCCAGCACGUGGAGAACCUGAGGAGGAUGUACACCAAGGAGCACACGGAGCUGAUGGAGCUGAGGGAGAUGCUGAUGCAGAGCGAGAGGUCCUUCGGCGCCAACCCCGAAAGAGAAGAUUUCCGUAACAAAAAGACAUCUGGAUCACAAUACUACAAGCCAUCCAGCCGCAGGGUCAGCAUUGCUGUCAUCCCUCGGAACAGUGGAGGGGCUGUGCACUUCGACAUGCCCAAGUCACAUGAGAUGGCAGAGACAGAAGCUGACAGGCUGGCAAGGAGAAGCUCCUGGUAAGCACUCAGUCUGCGGCCUUCUUUAAAGCGUUUCAUUAGCUCCUGCGCAUGGGCGGAGACUGAUGAGCCCUCUCUGAUGAAGGGGUAAGGAUAUGAGACAGACUCCCCCCCUGAGGAAGACAAGACAGAGCAAGUGAGGGAGAGGAGGAAAUCCAGCCUGACGGAGCUGGGGAGUAAACUGACGUCGCUCAUCCUGCCCUCCAAGAUCCCGGUCCAGACAGUCUCCCGGCAGCAGGAGUGUCGCCCCCCGGUGCCCAAAAGCAGCCGCGGUUGGUGGGUGUCGGUGGUGCUGGUGGUGCUGCUGGCCGCCCUCCUCGCCUUGCUCGCCAGCCUGGCGUUCCAGCCGACCGUGGACGCCGCUCCGGUGGGGACCGGGGACUCCUGGGUCACCAUCCAGCAGCUGCUGUGGCCCUACACUAGCCUGAGGCACAACGGCCAGCCGCCCGUGUGAGAGGGAGCUAGCUCCCCCUGCUG